GAAAAAAGAAUCAAUAUAAUACACACUUAGUUACUCACUCAAAUAUGCUUGAACUGAAAGAAAAUGAUAUCAAAAAAAAAAAACUUGAAAUGGUAUUUAUCUUGGUAGUAUUUCGUAAAUUAGAAGAAACGAUGGCACAAAA